ACUUUUAACAACAUGUGUUUUAUGUGACGAACUUCUGACCCCAAACCAAGGACGUUUUGGUGAACGUUCAUGUUGGCUGUUUUUCUCACGAACUUUGGACCCAAACGUCCUUAAGUCAACAAAGGGAUGGUCCCCAAGAAGAAAGACACAGCCAGUGGUGUGAUCACCUUCCACACACAUUUUCCUGUCAACCUGUUGAAAUCAGAGGAGUGCAUGGUAGAUGUGAAGGACACUACACAGAGCAAAAAGAGCCCGUCUCAGCCGAGUGCGAGGACAGGAAGCACCGGUAAAUGUGUAGGAGCAGGGAAAAGGGAUGAGUCCUCAGUCUCUGGGCAACAGCCGGGCACCAGACAGGAGCGGCUCUCUCACACCUCUCGCAGACGACUGCAGGCAAAGAUGGAGGUUGAAAAUCAGCAGGUGAAAGAAAUAAUCCAACCUUUACUGGAUACAGAAAAUGGUUUUGUAAAGGAGUUGGAGAGGUUUCUGAGCCAACGGGACGUAACAGAGCUGAGGAGGAGGGAACUGCUGCACAAGCGCUGGUCUGAGCGUGUAUGGUUUCCCCUCCAGAGGAGAGUGGAGGAACAUGUGUCCAGCGGUAGUGGUGUGAAAGCCAAGAACUUAUACAAUCACUACCUCCAUCACUGCAACACCAAGGGUUUUGUGUUUCUAGAAACAUACGAUCUAAGUGAAUACAACCCAUUUCUUCUCAAAAAGACACACUACUUCAAGCUCAAUACGGCGGACUUAAAGGACCCAUUAAACCUUUAUGAAAGAUUGAAGGAAAAGAGAACGGCACAUUCUUGUGAAGCAGGACGUAAAUACAAGCUAACUCAGAAUGACCGUCCUCUUAGUGAGUCUGUGACGUCUCAAGCUGACAUACUCCUACAGGCCUCAUUUAAUUGUCCAGUCUCUGUGUCCGUAAAAACUCCAGCACAGGAUGAGACCGAAAGGAGGAAGUCCAGCAGGCUCAGCGCCAUACCAUACCACAUCAGUGCAGCUGCCACACCAGAUGGAAGGUGCCAUCAGAGCGGCUGCUGGCUCUCCAGAUGUGGAUGUCAGCAACAACCAGCAAGUUACCAUCAGUCCUUGCCUUAAUCCAAAUAAAAUCGAUCUUUACCAAAA